AUGGCCAUCAAGAAAGGCGGAAGCACAAGUCAUGCAAUCAGCGGAGGUCAAAAGCGUUUAGAGCGUAAAGAGAUCCCGUCAACAUCAUUAGGACCUCGUGAACCAAACGAAGAAAAAGCUUCUUCUUUGUCAAUCUCUGCUUUGGCUGCUUUACGUCAACAAAAAGGUAAUGCUAAACAAUCAUCAUCCAAUUCACGAAAACGAGGUCAUGCAAGAAAAGCAGAAAAUCGUGCAAAGCUAGAACGUGCUGUGGGAAAUGCCGAUAGAUUACAAAUGAAAGCUUCUAAACGUUCAGCACGGGAUGAGAAACGCAAACGGGCAAAAGAAGUUUUACAGUGA